AUGAGGCACCUGCCCAGUGGUGACAGCGGGAACCAAACCACCUGGCUGAUCCUCCUGGGCUUUGGAGAACUGCAGCACCUGGGCUUCCUCUCCUUUGCCCUCUUUCUGGCCAUCUACUUGGUGACAGUUGGCGGCAAUAUCCUCAUCCUGCUGGCUGUGGCCUCCAGUCGGACGCUCCAAACACCCAUGUACUUCUUCCUCUGCCACUUCUCCCUGCUAGAGAUUGGCUAUACCUCCAACAUCAUGCCUUGGCUACUGCAGAGUUUUCUGGGAGGGACAGAAGGCAUCUCACUGAUCAGCUGCCUCGUCCAGUUCUACAUGUUUGCCUCACUAGCUGCAGCUGAAUGCCUCCUGCUCUCUGCCAUGUCCUAUGACCGUUAUUUGGCCAUCUGCCAUCCCCUUCGCUACCCUGCCCUCAUGAGCACCUGCUUUUGUAGCUGCUUGGCUGCUGGUGCUUGGCUCAGUGGCUUCUGCUUCUCUGCCUUCAUUCUGGCACUGGCAGCCCCUCUGUCCCUUUGUCCGGGCAGCAGGGAGAUUGACCACUACUUCUGUGACUUUGCUCCAGUUGUAGAGCUGUUCUGCGGGAAUGUGAGAAUCAUGUGGGGAACUGGAGUCAGUAUCUCAGGCUUCCUGACCCUGGCCCCCUUGCUGUUGAUUGUGACCUCCUACGCCUUCAUACUGCGAGUGGUGCUGCAAAUCCCUUCAGGCCACGAGCAGAAAGCCUUCUCCACCUGCUCCUCCCACCUUGGUGUGGUUGGAGUGUUUUAUGGUACCCUCAUGGUAGUCUAUGUGGCCCCAACAGACCACAUGGUCCCCCUGCUCCGAAAAGCCUUCUCUCUCCUCUACACUGUCCUGACUCCCAUGGUCAACCCCAUCAUCUACAGCCUCAAGAACCAAGAGGUAAAGGGAGCUCUGCGCAGACUCUGGGGCCAGCUCACCCUAGCGCAUGCUCCUCGGAGGGGGACAACACAGCCCUUGACUUCUGUCUCCGUUUCCAUUUUUCCCAUUGUAAAUGGGUAG